UGUGUUUCACGGGCGCUGGUUACGCUCCGAGCCGGUGCCUGAGGGCUCUGCCUGUCCCUGCAGCCGGAGCAGGAGCAGCCAGACCCGUUUGGCAAGUGUGACCCUGCCUGUCAGCUGUGCUUUGGACAUCCCCGGGGAGACAGCUGAGAAGACCUUGGGAAGAAAAAAAACCUGAAGCUGGGCGGGUCCGGGGCAGAAAAAUCAGUGAAGGAGGAACUUAGUCAUAAGAAUUACAACCACACCAAGGUAAUCAUCAGCUUCGUUAGGAGUGGCCUCAAACGAACUGGGAACCAGGAGCAGGAAAAGACGACUGCAGGGCAAGAGAAGUGGUGCAAUCCAGGGGGCAGAGGUUGGAGGCCUAUUUGCUUGUAGCUGAACAUGGCAGGAAAUGUGAAGGGGUUCACACGAGUGCUCCUGGAAUGCAGCAGCAAUGACAAGCUGUGUGUGGUGCGUGAAUACCAACCUGAAGUGAUCGUCGUCCCCGCUCUCCUCGUGGGGCUUUUUGUCAUCGUGCUCACCGUGAUCCUUUGGCUCCACUGUCGAGGCUUGAGAGCAAAGCAGGAGCAGCCCCCACCACCACCUGGAACCCAAGUGAAGAGAAAGAAUCAGCAGGAAUCCUGCUCGACAGAGAACGGCUACAUCCAGCUGAGUGAGACAUCCGUGGAGGGCCUGCUCAAAUCUGCAUCCCUGGCUCUGAAAGAACUGCAGAUACCACGAGAGAAGCUCCUGCCGGGCACCUUCCAGCUGAUAAAGCAUGGUGGCUAUGGGAGCAUCUACAGGGCACAGCUGGAAACUGGGAGCUCUGGGAGGACUAGGACUGUGGUGCUGAAAGCCUCACAAGGCCUGUCCAGUCCUCAGGAAGUAAAGGAUUUCCUGGGAAGGAUUAAAUUCCACCAAAAUCUUGGCCGUCACCAGAACCUGGUUGAACUGGUUGGAUGCUGUGUGGACAAACUCCCCCUUUACAUGAUCAUGGAAGAUGUGUCUCUUGGUGACCUGCUGACGUUUCUGUGGACGUGUCGGAAGGAUGUAAUGGCAAUGGAUGGGAUCCCCUAUGACCUCACCGAGAGGCAAGUUUAUGAAGUUGGACAGCAGGUUGCAGCAGCCCUGGCUUACCUUGAAGAGAAGAAGCUGUUCCACGGUGAUGUUGCUGCCAGGAACGUCCUCCUGCACCCCAACCUCACUGCCAAGCUCUGUGGUUUGGGCCUGGCCUACGAAACCCACGCCUGCGGUGCCACCUCGGUCACACGGGGGGUGCCAGUCAAGUGGCAGGCCCCGGAGAGGCUCCUGAGGAAACCCCCCAGCAUCCAGGCAGACGUGUGGUCUUUUGGAAUUCUACUGUAUGAGAUGAUUACAUUAGGUGCUCCCCCAUACCCUGAGGUGCCACCUUCUGACAUCCUGGCACACCUGCAGAGGCAGAACAUCAUGAAGCAGCCCUCAAGCUGCCAGCAAGCCAUGUACAGCAUCAUGAAGUCCUGCUGGCAGUGGAAUGCAGCUCACAGGCCUUCCCCAGCACAGCUCAUCUGCUCCCUGAAAGCAGCCAUGAAGAGCAGCAAUGGCCACACAGUCCUGCAGGUCCCUGAGCCGGUGGUGCCUGAAGUCUAUGCUGAUGUUGCUGGUGUUGAGGUGCACAGUGUAGUGAGGGAAUACACCAUCCUCUGAAGGGCCCUUCCACGUGCUGGUGAAGGAGAAGUCACUCGAGUUUUCCCUUCCUAAAUAUUUUGCAAGAUCAGAAUGAGGGGGGAGUUUGUGUGUUGGAAGGAUCCCUUUGUUUUUCAGACGUGUUUAUGUAUCUCAGAUCUCUCCUCCAGGCCAGACACCACAAGCUGUUAUCGUUGCUAUUAAAUCGGCGUGUGGAUA